AACGGGUCAGAAGCUGCGACACUUCCCAACUGUAAUGAUGGAGGUUUCAUCAGGCGUCAGAAGCUUUUGGCUCCUUGUGGUGACAAUAAUGACGAGUCUGCAUCAGUUCCAUGGGUCAUCUGCACAGGAGUGUCCGUCCACUCACGACCUGCUGAACUCACUGAAGCAGGUGGAGAAGAUGCUGGAGCUCCAUGAGACAUCGUACCAGCAGGGUCUGCGCUCCCUCAGGAAGAAGAUCAACACUCUGCACAACCGCACCAUGGCCGUCUUAAAAAUCGGCAAAAACGAAUCCUGCCCCAGACCUGAACUCCCGGCUCAUGGGCGUAGACUGGGCAGGGUGUUUGAUGUGGGACACGAGGUCCACUUCCUGUGUAAGCCUGGCUACGAGCUGAUCGGCCCACGGACUCGUGUGUGUCUGGACUCUUUGAAGUGGAGCGGUCAGCAGCCCAUGUGCAGACGCCAGAACAGCUCCUUGGCUUUGCUGUCCUCACCUUCUUCAUCCUUCACUGUUUCUGCUGCUUUUACUUCCUCCUCCUUAGCAUCUUUACCUUCUCCACUUUCACCUCCAACAUCUUCCUCCCCUUCCUCCUCCAUACGACCCUCCAACUGCACACAUUUCCUGGACUCAACACACUGCACGUGUGACGUUGGUUUCACCAUAUCAGGAAGAGACAACAACAUCUGCACAGAUAUCGAUGAGUGCCAUCUCUUCCCCCUGGGUCAGCCGGGUCGGCUCUGCAUCCAUCAGUGCGUCAACACUCCUGGCAGCUUCCACUGCAUCUGUCCACCCGGGUACAGCCUGGCCACAGAUGGUCGCAGCUGCACAGACAAGGAUGAGUGUGAAAACCAAAUGCACAACUGCACAGCAGACCAGCUGUGUGUGAACACCUUCGGGGGUUUCCAGUGCGUGACGGUGGAGUGUCCAAAAGUGAACAAUGCCACAUUCAUCAAGACGUCUCCCAUGCGCUGUGAGAGGAACCCAUGUAUGCUGGAAGACAAAACCUGCAGUCAGGCUCCAAAUUCCAUCUCUUUCCACUUCCUGGCUGUGGUUUCCAACAUGUCCGCUCCUCGCAUCCUCUUCCGGGUGUCUGCAGCUCGGGUGCUGGGUGACACGCUGCGAUUUGGACUGGCUGGUGGUCGCGGUCAGGGUCACUUCAGUGUGCAGCGCACGGGUCAGCAGACUGGCACCCUUCUCCUGGUGACACCCAUCAAAGGUCCAGCCACACUGGAGGCCGAGGUAGAGAUGAGUGAGCUGGAGCGCAGCACCCUGCUGGGCCGCUACCUGACCAAGGUGACCCUGUUUGUGUCCCCUUACAUGUUCUAG